ACAACAUGAGGAACUGUAUUAAAGAGUCGCGGCAUUAGGCAGGUUGAGAACCACUGAACCGUUCGGAUGGCUGUGAAGGCAGCUCCGAGGUGGCAGCGCCACCGCAGGGCCUCCCGAGGAAACGCACACUUCUGUCUCUGAUGGAAAGCGCGCUCCCCGAGGGAACCAGCGGGACCCGGCUGACGUACAGCCUUCACCACCCGGGCCCCUGAUUGGUCAGGGCUGCGCGCAGCUCCGAUUGGGUGGGGAAGCUCAGUCCUGCUGGUUUAAAUAGGACCCCAGGGUCUCCUUUAUAAGGGCUGGCUCGGGGGCAGAGGCGCUGCGGGCGGGCAGUUCAGUGCAGGGCCUUAGAGGCUUCUCACGACGUGCAGGUUGCGUGAGGGGCCCCCGUGCAGAAAUGGCUGCUAGGCUCUGCUCCCCCAGCCCCCUGCUUAGCCACCAGGAGCCCUUACUAGUCCUCAGGGUUCACACCUGGAAAGGGAAGACUCACAACCUUCUUACCCUUUACGAGAGUCAGGGAGAGCAAACAUUGGGGCUGGAUUGACCGCGCGCGGGUGAUCUGAUGUCGCCUGUUGACAUUGCCCAGAGGCAGGUGAGGAACAAAACAUGACAGAAACAGAUGCCUUGUACAGGAGUGAAAUGUUUGAUCCAGCAGAAAAGUACAAAAUGGACCACAAGAGGAGAGGACUCGCUUUAAUCUUCAACCAUGAGAGGUUCUUCUGGCACCUAACGCUGCCGGAAAGGCGAGGCACCAACGCAGACAGAGACAAUCUUACGCGCAGGUUUUUAGAUCUCGGAUUUGAAGUGAAAUGCUUUAACGAUCUGAAAGCAGAAGAACUACUGCUCAAAAUUCAUGAGGCAUCAACCUCUAGCCAUGUAGAUGCGGAUUGCUUUUUAUGCGUUUUCCUGAGUCAUGGCGAAGGCAAUCACAUUUACGCAUAUGAUGCCAAAAUUGAAAUUCAAACACUGACUGGCUUGUUCAGAGGAGACAAGUGUAAGAGCCUGGUUGGAAAACCCAAGAUAUUUAUCAUUCAGGCAUGUCGGGGAAACCAGCAUGACGUGCCAGUCAUUCCUUUGGAUGUAGUGGACCAUCCGGCAGACAGACUGGAUGCCAAUGUCACCCAGGUGGAUGCGGCCUCUGUUUACACCCUGCCUGCGGGAGCAGACUUCCUCAUGUGCUACUCUGUUGCAGAAGGUUAUUAUUCUCAUCGGGAAACUGUGAAUGGCUCAUGGUACAUUCAAGAUUUGUGUGAGAUGCUGAGAAAAUUCGGCUCCUCCUUAGAGUUCACAGAACUCCUCACACUGGUGAACAGGAAAGUUUCUCAGCGCCGAGUGGACUUCUGCAAAGACCUAAGUGCAAUUGGAAAGAAGCAGGUCCCCUGCUUUGCCUCCAUGCUAACUAAAAAGCUGCAUUUCUUUCCAAAAUAGAAAUAAGGCUGUUGUUGUUUUUUUAAUCUAUUUGUAGUCUAACUAGAUUUCUGUUUUUAUAUAAAUAAGUGUCACUAGAUUGAAGCUUAUGGUCAAGCAAUUUAAAAUUCUUUAAGGUUUAACGAGAGAACUUUAAAAAAAUAGUUCAUAUUGGACAUGGUGAAAGGGUUUGGUAGAUAGAGAAACUAAAUCCUAGGGAAUUACUAUAAAUAAAAAUCAACAAACAUUUGUAAUACUUGAUUUUUUUUUAAGUUGCAAGGGUACUCAAAAUAUCUGGCUGAUUUAACUUGUAUUUUGUGAAUUUUUAAAUAAAGUUUUAUAAUGUUUUUAAAGA